CUCUGAAGCCGAGUGCCAGUCUAUUCCGCCACCCGGCUGCUUAGUCGCUGCGGCGGCGGCGGCUUGUGCGGCUCGCUUUUGUUGGGACCCUUCGGAGGCUUUCGCGGCUGCGAGCCCGGGGCGUCGAGACCCCCUUGCCACGCAGAUCCCAGUCCAUUUCUGACACCUCUUAUGUGCACAUAUUAGCUACAGAGAACUCCCUCAGUAUGUUCUUAUGAAGACACUAGAGGAACAUUCCCAUUGGUUGGAGGUUGUUCCAUUGGUUAUUCUGUGCUCUAGAUGAGGAAAGUGAGGCUCUGAGAAGUUAACUGACAUGACCGUGAUCACACCAAUAAAUAGUGAUGGCUGGCCUGAGAGAUAGAGCCUCGUGACACCAUGUAAAAUGCAACAGAAGUAACAUUUGACCAUUUAGAAGUAUCCAGCUUUUUAAAAGUUGUGAUCUGACCUGUGGUGGGGAGGUAAGGUCACUAGAAUACUUUCUUUCCUGAAUGGUUUGAUGGCUUUCUUCCCCGACUCAAAUCGAAGUUGUCAUUCUCUACCAACACAAAAAAGGAAAGGAGUGGAUGACGCUGCCUUGGAAUGCCACCUCUGAUUCACUGACACAUGAAGAAAACCUCAUGAGUUGCAAUCAUAGAGACUCAGAGAGCAUCACAGAUGUUUGCUCCAAUGAGGAUAUCCCUGAAGUUGAGUUGGUGAGCCUACUAGAAGACCAGCUUCCUCAGUACAAGUUACGAGUGGAUUCCCUCCUCUUAUAUGAGAAUCAAGACUGGACUCAGUCUUCUCGUCAGAGUCAACAUGACUCUGACGCCAUUUCUCCAGUCCUUGCUGAAGAGACUUUCCGUUAUAUGAUUCUAGGCACAGACAGGGUGGAGCAGAUGACCAGAACUUACAAUGACAUUGAUAUGGUCACACAUCUUCUGGCUGAGAGAGAUCGAGACCUAGAGCUAGCAGCUCGUAUUGGACAAGCUCUCUUGAAGAGGAACCAUGUUCUGUCUGAACAGAAUGAAGCACUUGAAGAACAGCUGGGACAAGCUUUCGAUCAAGUUAAUCAGCUGCAGCAUGAGCUGUCCAAAAAAGAUGAAUUGCUUCGAAUUGUCUCCAUUGCUUCAGAAGAGAGUGAAACCGAUUCCAGCUGUUCUACGCCACUUAGGUUCAACGAGACCUUCAGCCUUUCUCAAGGUCUGUUGCAGCUGGAUAUGCUGCAGGAAAAACUCAAGGAACUGGAGGAAGAGAAUUUGGCUCUCCGAUCUAAGGCUUGUCAUAUCAAGACUGAAACAAUUACCUAUGAAGAAAAAGAGCAGCAACUUGUCAAUGACUGUGUUAAAGAACUCCGUGAAACAAAUGCUCAGAUGUCCAGGAUGACAGAGGAGUUAUCAGGGAAAAGCGAUGAACUUAUUCGAUACCAGGAAGAGAUCUCCUCCCUCUUGUCACAGAUUGUUGAUCUUCAGCACAAACUUAAAGAACAUGUUAUUGAAAAGGAGGAACUGAGGCUUCACCUACAAGCUUCCAAAGAUGCCCAAAGACAGCUGACAAUGGAGCUACACGAGUUACAGGAUCGGAACGCAGAGUGUCUGGGAAUGCUACAUGAAUCCCAAGAAGAAGUAAAGGAACUCCGUAGUAGAUCUAGUCCUGCGGCACAUUUAUAUGGCUCCCAACCAUUUUCUGCGGAAUCUCUAGCUGCUGAAAUUGAAGGAACCAUGCGUAGAGAACUGAGUCUAGAUGAGGAGUCUUCACUCUGCAAACAAAAAGAGCAACAGAAGCGAGUGUUUGACACUGUCAAGGUAGUUAAUGACACACGCUGUCGGUCAACUUCAUUUCCUGUCCUGCUUCCAAUCCCGGGCUCCAAUCGAUCAAGUGUGGUAAUGACAGCAAAGCCAUUCCAGUCUGGUGUUCAGCAUUUGGACAGCAAUACACAUCUGAACCUGAGGAAUAGCAUGGAUGAUGCAUCUAAGGACUCCCAGAAUAUGAGGCUGCCAGGAACUCCUGGAGACAAUGACUUAGCUACAGCUUUGCACCGCCUUUGUCUGCGCCGGCAGAACUAUUUAAGUGAGAAACAGUUCUUUGCCGAGGAAUGGGAACGUAAGAUGCAUGUGUUGACUGAUGAGAAAGAAGAGGCCAGUGGCUGCAGCACACCCACGGGGAGCUUUGCCUCUCUCUGCACCAACCAGUCUGAGGUCACAGAUCUCAGUACCAGCACCAGCUGCAUUCGGGCUUUUAUGCCAGAAAAGCUACAGAUUGUCAAACCCCUCGAAGGAUCUCAGACUCUGCAUCAUUGGCAGCAACUUGCACAACCAAACCUAGGAACCAUUCUUGAUCCACGUCCAGGGGUCAUUACAAAAGGAUUUACUUUAUUGCCAGAAGAUGCUAUUUAUCACCUUUCUGAUUUAGAAGAAGAUGAAGACGGGGGCAUAACGUUUCAGGUUCAGCAGUCUUUUCAGGAGGAAGGGAAAUCUUCAGUGUCUAAGCCAGUUCUUGAUAUCUUUCUACCACCUCUUACUUCAGCCAGUGUGCCACGUACAGCCUCAAAUCCAGGAAAAUGUUUAUCUUCCACAAACUCCACAUUUACCUUUACCACCUGUAGGAUAUUACAUCCCUCUGAUAUCACUCAGGUUACCCCAAGCUCCAAGUUCCCAUCAUUAUCCUGUGGAAGUACCGGUAGCAGUACACCUAGUACAGCUAUGAAUUCCCCAGCCCUGUCCUACAGGCUGAGCAUCGGGGAAUCUAUCAGCAGCCGCCGAGACUCUACAACUACUUGCAGCAGCACCAUGAGUCUGGCCAAACUUCUGCAAGAACGAGGCAUCUCUGCUAAAGUAUAUCAUAGCCCUAUUUCAGAAAACCCUCUCAUCCUCUCCGCCACUAAAGUCCCAGCUAUUCCCUCCACCCCACCAAAUUCUCCAUCCCAUUCGCCUUGUCCAUCUCCUUUGCCUUUUGAACCCCGAGCAUCUCUUUCUGAAAACUUUCUUGCCUCUCGACCAGCUGAAACAUUCCUACAGGAGAUGUAUGGCUUGAGGCCUUCCAGGAACCCUCCAGAUAUCGGCCAGAUGAAGAUGAACCUAGUGGACAGACUAAAGAGACUUGGAAUAGCCAGGGUCAUCCAGACUCCUGAGAUGAAGGAAAACAAAAUAAGCCAAGGGACAGAACUUGGUCUGCGAAGACCAGACUCUGCUGCCUUUUUAAAUGCAAGUAGCAAUCUUUUGGGUGGUCUCAGGAGGAAUCAGAGUCUUCCAGUCAUGAUGGGCAGCUUUGGAACCCCAGUUUGCACAUCUUCUCCCAAAAUGACUAUCUUGAAGGAAGACUGAAUUUUCAUACGAAGGAUAAACUCAUAGUCUUAUGUGAAGGAAAAAGAAAGUUGCAGAAAGUUUGUGGAUGUGAAAGGAAAAGGAUAAUGAAGAUGAAUGUGGUGAGAAAAGCACAGGAGAAAAGAUGUGGUAUCGAAACACUUAUAAUAUGGGUGAAAGAGAUGGAUACAGAUAUUAGAAAGGAAAAGACAGAGCACUCCCGGAGCCUCAGGGUUUCUUGACUUGAACCAAAAAAGAAGCAGCAGCAGCAAAACUUAAGUAAAAUUCUUUAAUAAUAGAGCAUGUCUGAAUUAAAUUGUGGGCUUGUAUUCUCAUCCCUUUCUGGCUGAGAAUCACAAGCAGGAAGAAGUCAAUUUAUAGAGACGAAGAAUGAGAGCAACUUCCAUUGUCAUUUGAAAAUCCAUUCUUUUUUUCAAGGCUGGUCCCUAAGCCAGGGAUUAAUAUGAUGAGUCCAGGCUGUUACUUAGCGGCUAUGAGAAAUUUUUACAUUUUUCUCAUCUGCUAUUUAGUUAUAAGCAUGUCUAUCACCUGCUAUUUUCACAGUUCAAACAAACAAACAAAAAAAAACAAACUAGGAAUUUUACCUUUCCAUCAAAUCAGAAGAAGCCCAUGUUUCCUUCUGCCUCAUGUCCACCAAGCAAAUAGGAGAAUUAUACUGAGCACAAGCACUAUUCAAAUUCCUUUUAUAUUUGUAGCCACCUUUACAGUUUUUAAAAAUUUUAUAUUUUUGUACUAUGCAAAAAACCAAUGCUCUUAGGAAUUUCUUUAUUAUUUUCUUUUUCUACUUUAGCAAGCUUAGUGAACUGCAGCUAAUGAAAUUUCCUUUUGGAGGAGUGCAAUGGUCAAGACAUAUGGACAUGAUUAUGUGUGUUUCAGGUCUCCUUGGAGGCUGGGAAGAGUAUAAAGAAAAAGUGCAAUCCAUAGGAAUUGGGGGAUGUUGUAUUUUUUUUUUUAAAUAAAAAGUUGUUACAACUUUGGAAAGGAAUCUUUCCAGAGUGGGCUAUGCAUAUUUUUUAAUGGAAGAAUACUUAUAUUUGCACAAAGAAAUUCUCAGGCACAUUGAAUUAUUAGAAACUGAAGAAAUACCCAGGUACAUGCUUUGGGGUUGUUUUUUUCAUUUUAUUCAAUCUAAAAAGAAAAGCAUAACGCAAAAUAAAGACCAAACAGGGAGUUGUUUUUCUGUGUUUGCUUGGUGAUAACUAUCUCUUUCCCCAAGAAUAUGCUUUUUAAAGGCCGAGGUUGCCUUUACUCUUCCAAAUAAAUUCCCUUUACAUCUAUUGGCAUCAGCAGAGCAGAUCUUGUGAUACUGGAUUUCAGAUACCAAAAUAAAAUGCAAUUGUAACAGGAAGAAGCACACCCAUUUUUCUCAGACCCACUGAAUGACAUCUGCACCUCCAUAUAUUACAGUAGCAUCAUUGAAUAGGACAGAAAUGACUUAUUGCCCUUUUUGUUUCCAGAUGGGAACAGCAUAAAUCUCUUUGGUGCUGACUUAUGUGGAUCUUACCACUUUGCCUCUUUUCUAUGGGUUAAUUUUGUUGAUAACCCUGAUUUAGUAAAAAGAAGGCUUCUUUGGGUGAGCUUUUUUGCCUAGAAUAAUCAUGCUGUCCAUAAGACUUAUAAUUAGCCUGUUUAUCAGCAGCAGAUGAUUCUUCCCUUUGGCUGCUAGAGGCUACUUCCCAACUUUUGAGAAACUGUGGACUCACCCAUGAGUAUAAAAAUCUCAGAUGGGAUAGGUCAGGAAAAAAAUCAGCUAACAGUUGUACAUUGUCAAUCGUGAGUUUUCAAUUCUUUUAGUGUUUUUUUGUGGUAUAUUUUGAUACAGCUUCAAGUUUUCUAAAUGAUAACUUUUUUUUAAAAGUGAGAACAACUUCCUCUUCUUUCCAUCUUGUGCCUAAAGAAUGCAGUCACAUGUUCAAAGAGGAAUCCCAAAUGUGGACAUUUAAACUGACCUGAACAUGUCCCCUAACUGAAGGAUACUAAAAGAAAAAUUCUAGUUGCCUAAAUUACAGGAAAAACAAAUCCCAAACCUCCAUUUUUUUUUUAAAAGGGCAUUUGAAUUUGUAUUUCUUAAAGUAACUGUAUAGGCGUCUUGCUUUCCUUAUAGUUAGAUUUUUUUUUUUCUUUUCCUCAAAUGAACUAGAUUUUUAUUGUGUCCUUUUGCUAGAAUAUUUAUGGUUUCUGUGAAGAAGUGCUGCAGCAGAGUGCACAGGAGCCAGAAAACCGCACAAAGUGUCAAAUGUCAGGUUUCUGUAGCCUAUUAUAUAUUUAUAGAAUAAACUAGAUUUUGAAGUGUUCUCUAUUAAGGGAAUUAGAAUUUACCUUCUUCCUUUUCUCCCCCCAUGCCCAGCUAGCCCUGUAAUGAUAUCUAGGUAGUAAUCAACAAUUAACUUAAGUAGCAGCCAAGUAAGCAAAAAUUUGGUGGAAGAUGGAGUGGAAUGUCAGCAUUUGGCCAGAAGGUAGAAUACCAGUCCAUGUUGGUCAUUAAGAAGUGGCUCUGUAUAAAAAACCAGGUGGAAAAAUUGCAAAAGCCAAUCAAAUGUUGCCAGUCAAAUAUUAUCAUGGUACAUAGAAUCUGAGAAUCACAUCAGAAUUUUGUGAUGAGAUGAGUUUCCAGUGUUAAGAAGUCUCCUAGACUUGUCCAUCAUGCUGCUGUUAAUAAUCAGAUAGGUUUUUGCUAUCUUCACAAUUUCCAUGUUGGACUUGAAGACUCAUGUCAAAAAGUAAUUUUUUUUCUUUCUGGACUUUAAGGAAGUUUUCUGUGUCUACACCUCUCGAAUAGAAACAGUUAGCUAACAGGCUAACUACCUAAACUCAAAAUAACAAGUAACCUCUCCUACACAACAUUGGAGCAAGAUUAGCACCUGGUUUAACUGCUGUACAUUCCAACACAUCUGUCAGGUGCAAAAUUUGAGAGAGGAAACACAUUAGAAGUAGGCUUACUGAGAGCUGACUCCCUGUUAUUUAUACUUGAUACAAUAUUAAAGUAUUAGUUCUGACAAAUGAAAGUACACAUGCAUUCUCUGUGUCUGAUCUUCUUCUUAGAGGUCAAAUAUAUAUAUAUAUAUAUAUGUACUCGCCAUGUCCAGCACAGAAGUAAAAUGCAUUUGUGUAUACAGGAGUAACUGCAGCCAAGAGUGUGGCAAGGAAGGGUCUGGUUGCUGGCUAACCUUGCCUGAUGUUUAGGAUUGUGGGCUUUUGUCAGACAGCUUUGUGCAUUUGAUUUUAUUUAUGGCAUGUAAAAGAUAAUAAACAGCUUCCUUUUUAAGUUUGUUUGUUCUGUUCUGGUUUUGUCUCAGAUCUUUGUCUUUUCCUUCUGUUUUUAAUUGGGUCGAAUACUAAAAGAUUUCCCUCCAUUUCUGUUUGCUGCUCAUACUCCUCCUAUCCUCAUAUAAACUGUGAAGCUUACAAGGGAAUGGUCUAAUGGAAAACCCUCGGAUUAAUAGUUCUCCUGCCCCUGCCAACAAUAAAUCACUAAAUGAUGUAGGAUAAAUCAUUCAAUAUCUGUUCCUCUAUGAAACAGAAAUCUACAAACUAGGAUUAACAUCUCCUACCAACUUGGUAAAAAUUUUGUGAAUAUGAAUGAAAACCUUUGGGGGGGAGGGGGAGGAAAGGGUAUUUAAAGUAUAUUUUAGUGAAAAUACCUGUAUUUGGACCAAAAUAUCUCAAUGAAAUACAGUAUGCCGCAGUUUGGCCUCUAAAACUUGCCAAUUUUAACUAUUUUUAAUGACGUCUUACAAUUCAGUUGACUUGAGCAGAAUGGGAGAAAAAAGAUCCAAGUCAGCCUGUGCCCCUAUAUGUUCUUAGUAGUAAUAACAGUUAAUUUUAAUUAGGCCUAUUCUAAAGGGCCUUAUUUGUUAGGUUCUUAAUGCAGCUAUUCAUUUUAAGCCGUUAGUAUAGAAAAUAAAGUGAAUUUUAGUUUCACAGGUAUCUCCUCCUUGGAUUUCAUAUACUGCAUCUAGGUUGUCAAGAGUUCAUUCCAAAGUAACGACAUAAAGGCACAACUUUGGUUUUAUGUAUUUUCUACAUCUUUUGCAUUUAUGUUCUAAUUUGUAUUUCUUUUACAACCAUUCUGUGUAUAUCUAGGUCUUAGAGUUUUUUAAUCUAGAGCUGAAUGGCACCUUAGAUCUAUUCUGGUCCAAUCUCUUUUUUUUUGCUCCCCCUCCCCCCCCAAAAAAAUUAAGCAACUUGCCUCAGAUUACACGAAUAGAGUGAGAGCCAAGAGUCCAGUUAUAUUAUUGGUAUCUUGAGGAUAAAGACAGUCUUAUUCCCUUGUAUUAUCAGGGCCAAUUCUUUGCCAUAGCAGAUGCUUUAAUAAAUGUUGAAUGAUUAACCCCAUAUUGGAUCUCUCCUAUAUUAUUAGAAUAGCCUCCUCAUUGGUCUUCCUUAUCUUGAUGCUCUAGCCAACUUCUUCACACAAUUCACUAUUUUGAUCUAGUUCCUUUUUAUGCAAAAAAAAAAAAAACUUUCUAC